AUGACCAGCGCAACCUUGCAAGCAAUCCGCUACCAGCGUGGGUCACUCGAGAUCCUCGACCAACUCCUGCUGCCACACCAAACCAAAUAUAUCCCCAUCAACUCUCUCGAGCUAGGACACGAUGCUAUCAAGACCAUGAAGGUCCGAGGCGCACCUGCAAUCGCCAUCGUCGCGGCCCUCACCCUUGCUGUUGUUCUCGUCCAGUCCUCGACCUCCUCUUCACUCUCGACUGCGGAACAGGCGAAGCAAUUUAUUGAGGAAUCGCUGGGGUACCUGAAAACCUCUCGCCCGACUGCUGUGAAUCUGUUUGAUGCGGCCCAUAAGCUUGCGGCGGGCGUGCGCGCAAAGGCAAAGGCGGAUGGGGCGACGGGUCAGGAUGUUGUACAGAAGUAUCUGGAACUGGCGGAGAGGAUGCUGGAGGAGGAUGUGAAGGAUAAUAUGAACAUUGGACGCUUUGGGGCGGAAUUUAUUCUCAAAGUCUGGAAGGGUAGUGAGGAUCUUCGAGUCAUCACCCACUGCAACACUGGCUCCCUGGCGACAGCAGGAUAUGGCACAGCCCUCGGGAUCAUUCGCUCUCUCGCCUCCCAGAAACACCUCACACACGCCUACUGUACAGAAACCCGUCCCUAUAAUCAGGGCUCUCGCUUGACGGCCUACGAACUCGUCUUUGAACAGAUCCCUUCCACCCUUAUCACCGACUCCAUGGCCUCCGCCUUGCUCGCCCAACAUCCCGACAAAAUCGCCGCCAUCGUCGUUGGUGCCGACCGUGUAGCUGCCAACGGCGACACUGCCAACAAGAUUGGAACCUACCAGCUCGCCAUCACAGCUCGCUAUCACAACGUCCCUUUCAUCGUCGCUGCCCCUUCAACCUCGGUGGAUCUGAAUAUCGCCUCAGGAAAGGAAAUCCAUAUCGAGGUCAGACCUGAGGUCGAGGUCACGACGCUGAGAGGUCCCGUCGUUGAUCUUGAUUCAAUCAAGAAGGACUCGAGCGAUGUGGAGUUCAAGAAGACUGGUGAAGGCGACGUGGUCGCAGAAACUAUUGCCGUUGCGGCCAGGGGGAUCGGUGUCUGGAACCCGUCGUUUGAUGUUACGCCUGCAGAAUUGAUUUCAGCCAUCGUCACUGAGAAGGGUGUCGUUCUCAAAGACGACGGUGUCCAGCAGUUCGGUAUGAAGGCCUUCUUGUCAGGCGAGUCCAUCUAA